AUGGAGUACCGGGGUGCGGGCGCCCCCCAAGAAACUCUCCUCCUAACCGGCAAAGGCAUCACCUUUGACACCGGAGGCGCCAACAUAAAGAUCCAAAACUACAUGCAGGGUAUGCACCGUGACAAGUGCGGAGCUGCGGCGGUGGCUGGCUUCUUCAAGACCCUCAGCAUACUGAAGCCUAAUUCCCUCAAGGUGAUGGGCUUCAUGGCAUUCGUUCGUAACAGUCCAGGCGCAGACGCAUACAUUCCGGACGAAAUCCUCACCAGCCUUGCUGGUCGCCGUGUACGAGUCGUAAACACGGACGCCGAGGGUCGUGUGGUCCUAACCGACAUGCUUUAUUAUGCGAAGGAGGCGGUACGUCUUCGUCUUCUUCCUAACUUCCCUACAUUUUAUCACUACACAUGCCAGUAAGCACACAGCCUUCGGUGUGAAUGCCGGUCAUUCACUGAAGUCCUGGCAGCUACGGUAGUCAGCAUAUUCAGUUUCUUUGCAAAGCUAGGCUGGUGUUCUCGAUAAACUAAUUAGGAGUUUAUCUUUAUCAAUCGGAGGGCUGGAAGCAAAAAUUGAUGUAAUGUUACAAAAUGUAUCAGUUAGUUCUACUACAAUUGUGUUAGUAACGUGUUGUUAUCACAUUACUUGCAUCCACUAGGCGCAUUUUCGAUAGUGUUGCUACGCGAAUCCCCUAUCGCGUACUAUACUUAACACAUUAGUCGUUCAUCUGCGUAACAUGGGUAACAAGAAUUUCCGCAGAAGGAUAUCGAAGGUUGUAUUCGAGAUGCCAGUCACUGACAGUGCGUGACCGAUCUCAUGAAAUUUUGGCCGAAAUUCUGCAUUGCGGUUUCGAUUUGGAAGGAGUAAUAACGUGGCAUUGUAAUAUUAAUCAUCUUGUGGCAUAAUCUUAUAAUACUUAAGACUCAGCAAGUUGUCGGCUUUUGAAUGCUCCUCUUUCCGACCUCCCGCAGAAACGACACUGGGUAGAAAAUGACUACUUGAGUAGCAUAUAUCUUUUACAUUGAUUUUCGAUGGCCCUAUAAACCCAAAUAUAUUUUAUAGCAGACAUGCAUGCAAAUACUCAUUCCUUUUCUCGUUUGGUAGAAAACCAAAUCACAUUGCUUUCACAUUUUAUACCCGAGGAAAUUUUAUAUUCAAGUUUGUAAAGUUUCCCAAUUCCCGAUUAAUUUCGAGCCUGAUCAGCCGUUGCAUUAGCACUUAGCGAUUUUAGUUUGCAAGGUAUAUGCUUUCCGCAUAAGGGGAAUUAUGCAUUCAUCUAUGUCUUUAAGAAGUUGUAAAAUUUUGUAGUGGAUGAGGGCCAUGUUGCACAUUUCGUGAGGAACAUUAAUAAACUGUCAUGUGCGAUGCUGUUUAUAUGGACAUCUCACGGUCUUAAAAACCUCAUAAUUAAAAACUUAUUUUAAACCAAAAGAUAACCUCCUUUAGGGUGUGAAAUGGGAACUCAAUGUGAUUUUCUACCAAACGAGUAAAAUAAUGCAUAUUGCUGUGCACGUCUUCUAUAAAUGUAUUUGAAUUUAUAAGGUCAUCCACAGUCAUUGCGAAAAAUGCAUGCUGAAUGAGUAGUCAUUUUCUAUCGAGCGUCGUCGUCGGGAAGAGGUGCCUUCAAAAGCGGACAUCUUGUUGAGUCUAAAAUAUUAUAAUAUUAUGCCACAAGAUGAUUAAUGUUACAACGCCAUGUUAUUAAUUUUACCUAAUCCAAAACGCAUUUCAGAAUUUCAGCCAACAUUUCUUGAGAUCGUUCACGCACUCGUAAGUGUCGAGCCUGCCAAGCAUCUCACGCUUAAAGGAUCCUGAUCCGCAUAUUUUUGGCAAUUUUAGGCCCUCAAAGAACACAAUCCUCACAUUUUCUCCAUCGCCACGCUAACUGGACAUGCAAGGGCAACCUACUUGAAGUACUCCGUGAGUUCACUAAGACUGCUCAGGUUGAAGAAGGUUAAACUAGGCCACUGUAUCCUCGGACAUCUUCAGUGGAACUUAGACACAAAACUUUUGUUGAAAAAAUGAUUAAGGCAGAUUCCGAAUUAGAAUAUUAAAUGAUGGUAUGGGUAGGUACAACGGAAAAAAAAUUCCCUUUUUAAACGUAAACUCCUAGAAUUUCGUAUUCGAUAAAAUUCAUCAAAAAUAAUUGAAAUUUUAGAAUAUUCUUUCUGUGGAAAUUUAUGGUGAGUUGUCUUUUGGCAAUUUACGCAUUGAUGUCUACUGCAUAUUUGGUAAUUUAAGUUGCGGCUACCUUCAAUAUGGAAGAGCACCUACGACCAAUAGGAAUAACCAUCGUCUUUUGAUCGAUUCCAUCAAAAAUUAAUCCACCGUAAAUUUCGUGCCACAAUAGGUUGCUGCGCUUUUCACUGUUGGAGAAGACUAACAAUAAGCCCUCAAGUGGAAUUACGCUGGAUCGGUUAUUUUGUUUUUUAAGAAAAUAGCAUAAUUUGGAGACCUCUGGGGAUUUUAUGCGCUCGCAUAUUUUUUAUGCGUGCAUUAGUGUUUUAUUCACCGACGCCUCCUAUUAUGAAUGUCAAAAACAAUUUUGUCUGCUGUGAAUAGCAAAAUUUUAGCUAUCUUCCAAGAGCGACAUCCCGCCAACGGCUGCGACUUCUACCAAAUGUCUUUUUAUUGGUCAUUACCGCCGCAAUUAACCAACGUCCAUACACGGAACCCCAUGGAUCAUAUGCCCAGCACGUCCCUACUAGAAAAAUCUCUGCCUGCGCCAUAUUGGUUUGACCCGAUAAAUUUUGAGGCUGUAACAGGGUGCUCGAUAAACUAAUCCCCUCCAGUUCAGUCUCACCUAAAUAAAACGAUAUUACGUUAGACUACAUUCUACAAUGAUUAUCGCUUAUAACCACCCGCCCCAAUUCUGUUUGUCAGAUAGUCGCAAUAAACAGAUGUAAAGUGCGCAAAAGCAGCAGCAGAACAAUUUACUUCAAGUAGCCUAUUUAAACAAAAGCAAUUAUUCAGUACAUUCGGAGGUGUAAACAGUGGCCAUGAGGCCUGCCUACCGCGCCAUUUUGACUGAAAAAUUGGAAAUAUGUAUAUAGAAUCAAAAUAAUGCAUUCAGGCCAAUGAACAGCAUGAGGAAAUUACCCAAAUGAGAUCGGAAAGACCUUUUUCAAAUUAACUGGGACAUGGUCCAGUUGAUUGUUGACAUAUUUUGCCUUCACAUUUAGUCAGCUGAUUUCAGCGAUUCGGCAAUCAUUAUCCGCUUCUUGGAAAAAGAAUUUCACGAUCUUACUGGUGCUCGUUAAACUUGGAGCAGAAACUUGCAAUUCCUGUUUUAGGCAGUAUGUUUUUACCGACAACGACAAGGGGGACUAGAAUGGCCACUUCAGCCUGUCGUACCCAACUCCGAAGUUUGGAACACCUGGGGCUCGAACUCGCGACCUGUUAGUUAGAAGUCCACGCCUCUAACCACUGGGCCACGAGCCCGUUGCUCUGCCCGUUGUCGUUUCGCGCUGCUGAAGAAAUUGAUUAGUUGGAACCGCCUGUACGCAAUGGAAUGAGAAAUUAUUUGCAUUAUGACAGGUGCAGUAGGAUCGCGGAAAAUAAAUUCUUAGGACCCCGUGCAGUCACUAUGAAAUUUUUGUUAUCCAGCAAAAAGUAGUAUUAUGAAGAAGCUAUUUAUUUUAUUGGUGAACCUUUCUUUAGGCGGUUAUGGACAAUGGACCCGCACGAAGAAGGAAUGCGGCAGCUGCGCUUCAGAACGCCGGUGACCGGAUUUCAGAUAUGAUGGAGGUCUGUCUGUCGACAGUUGCUCUAUAAUUUUAUAUGCGACCUCUAAGAAAUUCGUCCCACUGAGGAAGUACCUGAUGCGUGACAGCUGAGCAGUGAAAGCAAUCGACUUUCAUGUUCAUAAGGUUUGUAAACUUGCAAACCCCAGCACAUUAGGUGGGCUAACUCAUUAAAAUGUCAACCGAAAUUCCCAAAUGCGUUUUCAUUUCGAACAGAUUAAUUAAGUAGGGCUGUAAAACUAGUCAUCCUGCAACAUAAUUCUACAAUAAUUAAGUUACCUCAGGAUGCCGGCUUUCGAAUGAAUUUCUUUCCGACUGCAUGCAAAAACUACAAUCUGUAAAAAUGACUACUUAAGUAGCAUGAAUUUUUCUUGUUUAUUUUCGAUGGUCCUAAAAGUCCAAUUAUAUUUCAUGGAAAAAUGAAUGACAAUAUUAAUUCUUCUGCUCAUUUGGCAGACAACUAAGUCUUCUUCCAAUCUCAUACUUGAAGGAAGGGCAAAAUUCAGUUUUCAAAAUCUUUUCCAAUUCCUGAAUAAUUUUGAACCCGCUCGAACGUUACACUUGGAUUUCGUGUUUCCAAACUACGAGCCGUAUAUUUUCCUCUUACGUAAAACCACGCAUUUCUCUAUCGUAAUAAAGGGAGGCCAUGUAAGGUUCAUAAAAUUUAGCAGUGGAUUCGAGUCAUAUUGUUAACAUUACAAGCCACAUUGGUAAAUGCGGAAACAUGACAAUUUAUGAACGGCCAUUUCACGGUAUUUAGAAGUCCCACAAUAAGAAACUUUUUUAAAACCGAUUUAUGUCCCUCCUUCGAGUAGAAAAAUUGGAAGAAGACGUGAAUUCCUACCGACUGCAUGUUUUCCAUGAAAUAUAAUUGAAUUUUUAAGGGCGUUAGAAGGCAAUGGGAAAAAUUCGUGUUACAUAAGUAGUCAUUUUUUACAGAGUAUAGUUUUUGCAUGUAGCCGAAAGAAGUUCAUUCGAAAGCCGGCAUCCUAAAGUGAUUGAAAUAUUAUAUCAUUCUGUUGCUGGCUGAAUAGUUUCACAACUCUACUUAAUUAAUCUUUUCGAAACGGAAACGCAUUUCGGGAUUUCGGUUGUCAUUUCAUGAGUUAGCCCACCUAUUAUACAUGAGUGAGUUGAGAUCCGGCUUGAGCUGGUUUGUGCAGGUCUCUAUUUUUGUUCUCAAAUUAACUUGGAAAGUUUCUCUGUGUUUUUGGUCAGGUUACGCAUUUUACACUAUUUGAAGAUAGUAGGUUUUUUGGGAAAAGUACGAACUUAAUUAGCAAAUUUUCGACAUCAGUCCCUGGGGUCGUCGCCAGACUUAAACAAGUGUACUAAAAACAGUUGACCUUUCAAACUUAUCCAAAAAUCAAUGCCACCCCGAGUUUCUGCCAAUAUGCCCCCGACGCGUACGUUAUUGUGCAUUGAUUGGUUCCUGUCUCUUCCAUUCUUCCCUUUGAUUUUUGCACAUGGCGUCUAAUUCAAUGUGUCAAGUGAUGCAUGACUGAAUGCAUGACUUCCAGAAAUUAUCGGUCUUUUUGAUAAGGCGGGCGUCGACGAUUCGAAUCUUGUCCCAUGUAAAAGUAUGUCCAGUAUCUAGUGUGUGCAUGGCCGUUUGAGAUAAGUGGUCUCCCCUCUUAACAGCUAACUGAUGUUCAUGGAUGUGUGUGGAGGCAGACUUUCCAGUUUGGCCACAAUAUACGGCAUCGCAUGCUUCGCAUGGGAUCUUGCGGACGACUUCCUUCUUCUGCAGAUAACCGACCCUGUCCUUAGGGUGUAAAGCUGACUGCGCAAGGUAGUCGUAGGUCUGUGCGCCACUUGUAUUUGGUGUUUUCUCAGGUGUCUUUCGACGAGUUCUGACACAUUUUAAUGUAAGGGAGAGUUCUCAAAGUAUUUGCUUUGGGCGCCUGCUUGGAACUGUGUAGGUCCUUCUCUUUUGACUCUUGUUUUCAAAUGUGUUGACAUACGAAACCACUAAGACAACCAUUCCUGGAAAAUAAUUCAAAUCGAUAAUUUAGUUCUAUUCCGUAACUUUCUUCGUCGGAGCAAUGUGUUUUGCUCGGCGUAGCAAGCUGUUGACGGUGAGAAACUAUGUUGUUGCUCUCAUAGUGCCGAACGACUUCCUCAGAAGUACCUUUGCGGUAAGCUGAUGUGUGUAAUGUUCCGUCAGUUUUUCGCUGUAUGAGAACAUGCAAGAAUAUGAGUUUACUGUCGACUUCCUUUCCUAAUGAGAACUUGCUUCCUGAAAUUGUUGGAUUGAUGGUGUUGUUCAGAUUUUCUAGGCAUUCCAUUUUAACAAACGUGUCGUCCACAUGCUGCAGCCAUAAUUUAGGGUUAACGAGUGGAAAAGCCGUACGACUCGUACGAUGGAGGUGUGAAAGCAGUCUAACAAUACCUCCUUGAAUUGCAGAAGCUAGAAAACAUAGUUAUUUGACAAGAUGUUGCAUCGAUUAUCUGAGCUCGCUGCAUGCAGACUCACGAAGCCGUCUUUGUAGACCAAAAAACGGGAAGUUAUUACGUUAAAUCACUCUUAGUAUUAACAAUAACAAGCGUACUUUUUGGUAGGCAAAUGUGGCACCGUCGUGAAUAUGGGGAAUUCCCCUGUUGACUUUGAGUAACAAUCUACGACAGAUUAUGGGCUCAUCAACAAACCACUCCUGAAACGAUCUCAAAUGGGUUUGCAUUACCAGUCCCUCGGUUACUGCACGAACUAUUAGUUCUAUCACUUGUGCGUGUCUACGUUAUCCCCAGGAAUUAGGCCUUUUUUGCAUAUUGGCAAGGGAGAUUGUGAGCAUACUUUUCCCUCAUCUUCCCAUUCACCGUCAUUCAGAUAUCGACAAUCAGGAGGGAGGACUAUGACAUCACGAAUGGCCAGUCGGAGUACGAGGACUUGAUGCAGUCUUUCCACUUGAACCCCUCUGAUCGUGCUCGAGGACACCAAUAUCCGGCAGCCUACCUCAUCCGAGCCAGUGGAUUGGACGAAGUGAGUUGUCAUCCGCCUCCCCGCUGUACACGUUUUGCUCUAUCACGUCGAGUGGGAAGUCUCGAUUCUACGACGAAAUGUCUAAUGGAUGUGAAAGGGCCAAAUUACAGCAGCCGUUGCGACGUGGGUCGAUGUUUGGGCGUGUGGGGUUGCGCAUUCUUACCACUAGAUCAAUACAGGGACUGGUACGAAAUCCGGCAAGCGUUAUCGGAAUUGUGCACCCACAAACAAUACGCACGCUGGGGCCGGCUCAGUCCACGGCAGUUGGGAUCCCUGACAUACCCCUGCUUUGGUUGUAGUAUAAGAUCCUGAUCAGUAUACGCUGUGGAUCAGGAGUAUGAUGGUAGACCUAGAUGCGGGUUUAUGCCGUGCCAGCCGCCUGCGACCUCUCCCGCCACCAAUCUCCUUGACUUUGUCUUGGCACUGUUUCUAGGAUCGAGGUAGGUGCAACGCAAGUACGCUACUACUUUAAACUGAAACGCGUGCAAGUCACCUUCCUCGGUCUCAACUUGUUGUGGAGCAUAUGGUUGACAUCGAAGGUUAUGACGGUUAAAGUGUCGUUGGUGUGGCGUUAUAUAGAUACAUCUGUAGCAUGCAGCGACGGGUUUGUGAAUUGCUUCCUGCAACGUGUACGUGGUUCUCAAGACGCGCGGUUCUGUGAAUGACCUUGAAGUCCUCUAAAUUACUUCUACAACAAGGGCGAGUAAUAAUAUUGUGUAAAUGGGACCAAAUUCAAAGAGACUGCCACACAAUUCGAUCUAAACUAGGUUUUGUUGUUUUCAUCUCACCCAUUCGCUUACCACAGCGUACUGAAUGCAGUGGCUAAAUGGUUUUCGGUUGUUACGGUCAAAACAAGCAUCAAACACAGCCUAUUUCAUUUUUAUUGAUAAUAAUAGAAACGCUUGUUUGAGUUAAAUUUGUCGCCGUCUACAAAGUAUUAUAUGCUCUCCGAUUGUUGACGGAAUUUAGACAUAUUUUUGCAGUGUGAAUUGAGAAAAAUUACAGUAACAUUGUUUUAUGGCGAUCUUAAAUAAGAUAGCAAUGCGUGAGGUAUUUCAUUUAUUUGCAUUAACACUGAGUGCAGGUUCCCGCAUGCAGCCGAAUAGGAAUUUGCUCGAAAGCCGACAUCUCGAGGUAACUGGAGUGUUAUGAGAUUAUGCUGCAUGCUGAUUAGUUUAACAACCCUACUUUUAGAAACGAAGACGCAUUUCGGAAUUUCAGUUGACAUUUCAUGAGUUAGCCCACCUACUGUAGGGGUUGUUUGGCACGUCUAAGAAUAGGGUAAACCAAAUGGCAUAGACAAAUGCAGUCUUUGGAUGCUGCAUUUCCUGUUUGUCGAAAUCGUAGUCCAACUGUUCUUACAAAACUAUUACUCCGCCUGCAAGGUCCUUCAACAUACUGAAAUACCCUUCAAUACUGUCCAUUCUACUUUCAGUGGCCGCACUGGAUUGCGAGUGCAUGAUGAUGGUGGUGCGUCAUUCACGUUUGUAUAUCAGAGUUCUGAAGCAUGCCGCGCCUGGGAGUUUCGCAACCUUAGCGCUGAAAGCGACUGGCCCAUUGUUCAGGAAUUUUUCGUAUUUAUUCUGACUCACCGCGAUUCAGACACGAUCAGGUGUAAUUUUGUGCGUUUGGAAUAAUACGAGACUGGGAGAUCUGGAAGGUGACGCAACUUUGGUCGCAAUCCGCUUAUUGGGUGUUGCAGUCUGCAAAAUGAAACUGCCACCGUCCAUUAACAGAGUUUGCAAAAUCCAUUAUAACGCCCGCAUUAUCAGUCUUGUAAAUGAGACGCGUCACACUGCUUUUCGAGUAGGCUGCCAGUUCACCUGUUGUGUCGUGUUUGUCGUCCGUAUGCUUCGCUUAGCUACUUGAGUUCUCACCUAGCGGGAACGUAAAGCCCCAUAAGCCGCAGGGGAGUCAACUUGACGAUCGAUUUGGGCUCGAUUUUAGAAUUGCAGGUCGGUCAAUGAUUAGUUGGUGAAAUAAAUUUACAGCACUUGGGUGGUCAGAAAAGCCUACUGUGCUGGACUGUUCUUUUACCGACAGGAUGCUCUACCAUGUCUUGGUCCGGUUGGUUUUCUCAGUUUCACAAGUCGUUAACUGCAGUCUGUCUUACACUUUCUCUCCAGUUUUUAAGAAUUUUCGAUGAACAACCCGAGCACGGUACUUCAACAUUGUUAUUCAGAAUUCGCUUGAUUUAGGCAAUCAAAGGCUUAUUUUCCUGGACAUCCAAGUUCUGCGAAUAUCCCCAUCUUACGCUUCAAAAGUCAAUUCUCAAACCUGUAUUCGUCAAUUCGUCAUCAGGUCACCGCGAUUGCAUGGAGAGUGAAUUUGUGAGCCAUAGUCAGGGGAGGGAUGGGGGGCAGGGGGGAGGAGGAGGAGUCUCGGGGGCGGGGGGAGAGAUUAGUCAUACUCGUUCCAACACAGCCCGAGUGAUGAUGCCGGCGAUAUGUCGUCGUCGGCGCUGGGGGAGGGAGGGUGAGGGUAGGAUGCGAGCGGUGUCCCCAUGUCAAACACGCGGAGUGCACGUGACCCUCGCGCAUCGUCGGCUGCGACGGUCGAACUGGUGGGGGGGGACGUGCGAUAACCGCCUGGAGGAGUUGACCGCGGAAAAUAUUAUCAAAACACAUUAAUUUUCAUAACUUUUCACUUUCACUAUCGCCCAGCUCUGAAAAACUCCAUGCCUCAGUGGGAUUCGAAAUCACGACAGCAAGGCGGGGCUUUAGUACAGCCAACGCUCUAGCCACCUGAGCUACCAGUUAAUUAUUUGAAAUUUGGGCUAGAUCGCAGUUGGUAGCCAGGACUAGGGAAGCGGACGGCGACCUUAAGCCUGAUCCUAACCUUAGCCCUAACCCUAACCCCAACCUUAAACGUUAACCGUUAACCCUAACGGCAACCCUAACUCUAACCGAAAUCGUUAACGUAGCUGCAGCCCUUAGACAUAGCCGUAACUGGAAAACCUAACCGUAAUAAUGAAACCUAAUCGUCCUCUCAAACCCUAACCGUAACCUGAAAACCUAAGCCUAAAGGCAUAACCCUAACCCGAAAAUCCGAAACCAUUAACUGGUACCCUAAUCCUAACCUCAAACGUAAAACGGAAGCCAAAUGGGUCAGAUGUGAUUAUGGGGUCUCACAAAAUAGCCCCAGUAAACAAACCCCCCCGCCACCUGUAAUACGGGUCCUGGCUACCAACUGCGAUCUAGCCGAAAUUUUUCAUGAUAUAUAUGUUUCGCAAUUUUGUUUCCCUGAAUCUCAGUGAUUGGGGGCUAGAGUGCAACGCAUCUGCUCCCCUGAACCUGUUGAAGCAGAGCUGCAGCAGCCGUAGAACGCGCUCCGCAAAAACGACUAUCCAGAGAGAUUUAUCUUCCUGAAUACUGCGGAACGAGUUAAAAAGCCUAUCACAGUAACUGCAGAAAAGAAUGGGCUAUUUCUAAGACUGCCUUUUCUAGGGGACUCAGCAAGCGAUUUAGUAAGGCGAAGUAUAAAGACAGCUAUCACGAACGUUUUCUCCGCGGCGAACUAACGCGUAUUCUUCACAAACUCUCGCUUCUUCCGGUUGAGAAGUAAAGACCGUCUAUCAUUGAUGUGCAUUUAUCAUUCAUCGUCUCCUGUGGGCAGAAUAGACUGGCCGUACAGGGAGGCGUCUGAAAAAGAGGGUGUUCAAACAUCGGUCGGAUAUCAGUUAGGAGUUAAGAUUAGGAGUUCGAGUUCCGGGUUGGGGUUAUGGUUAGGGGUUGGGGUUAGGAGUUGGCGUUAGGGGUUGGGGUGAGGGGUUGUGAUAAGGGGUUAUGGGCAAGGAUUGAGGGUUAGAUUUGUUUCUGUAGUUCCAUCUGAUGGACACAAUAAUGCUAGGGUUGGGACUAGGGGUUAGGGCCAGGUAUUAGGGUUAGGAGUUAAGGUUGAAGGCUAGAGUUAGAGGUUAGUGUUGGGAUUAAGACAACUUUUCUCAACCUUUCAAAGUACAACCGCGCAUGCCCAAUAGCCUGUCUUUUUCAUACGACUAGUUGUCCUCGUCGCCUGUGCGUUCCCCGUCCCACGUGUAAAAACCCCCAUUACCACCGGUCCCGUAUUACAGGUGGCUGGGGUUUGUUUACUUCAGGCGGGGCUACAUAACCACAUCCGAUCGAAGAAGUGUUCAUCAGGAGGGGGUUUCUUUACUUGCAUGUAAUUACUUGACUUUGUUGCUUGUGCGUUCCCCGCCCCACCUGUAAAACCGCUAUUACCGCCGGUCCCAUAUAACAGGUGGCUGGGGUUUGUUUACUUCAUGCGGGGCUACAUAACCACAUCUGACCCUGUCUGUUUUCCCUGGCCGACUCCAAGUGGCGAUAGCACGCUGACCCAACUCUGCCCCCCCCCGUCCCGCGGGCUUCACAUUUAGGCAUCGCUCUGGCACUGGCCCCAGUCCCAUCAACCACAACACGCCGACUUCGUCCUGCGGGCGGCGUCGAAACGAGGGGCAUAACUAAUCCCCCCUAUCCCGGGGCUCACACCUUCACUGUUCAAGCAAUUAUAGUGGCCUCAUGAUGAACUACUGUGGAUAUAUGUUUGCCAAUUGACUUUUCAGUAAAUAAUCCCUAUCUGUUCCCUCUCUCUCUCUGACCUAUCAUUCCUUAUAUGACAUAGAGGUUGACCAUGUGACCUUAUUCUCUCUUCUUCAGCAUGGAAUCAACUCUAAGCAGCCGAUUCCCUACACGCAUAUCGACAUGAUUUCGGCUGUAAGCUGUCCCACGCAGCCUCCCGGAACGACUCCUCUCAUGGCGCUCACUGUGAGAUAUGUGCUGCCCAAGCUCGACUCCAAGGUCGACUUCGUACCGUGUGCCUGCCAGAAGUAA